CACUCACCAGCCACUUUACACGAACUUGGCUGUUCACCUUCCAAAAACCUUACCCAACCUCCUCCACGACUCCAGAGCCUUUUCCACUCAUUGAACACAUCCUCAUUGAGCAAAAGUCAACAUGUUUUUCACACAACUUCUCCACACCGGCCAAGUCGCCCUCUGCGCCUAUGGCGCGUACGUGUCCUUCAUCGCCAUCCGCAACCUCCAGCAAUAUGAAGAGACCAGCAAGAAAGCAGCAAAGUACUCCACGGAAGCUGAGCACCAACUCCACAAGACCAGAACUACUCAGACCAGCGGAGCUGUUUGCAUCUUGGCUUCAAUGAUUGCAGCUGCUACACUCUCAUUGGCACCCAACUCUCUGCCUUCGCUGGUCAGAUUCGGUAUCUCGCCUGCCGCGCUGGUAUUUACGCUGUUUGUUCGCGCUCACGUGUCCAAUUUCUGGAAGGCAAAGGCCAAGAUUCCUUUUGUUGAGGGCUAUAACGAGGCAAUCUCAAAGACCGGAGAGCUUUUGCAGGUUCUAGAGUUCUUGGAGUAUACUUGGGCGGGAACUGCUCUUGCUAGUGGAUUGGUUGGAUACUAGAGUUGGAGCUGUGCUUGAUGCAAGGUCCUUCUGUGACCUCUACUGAAGCUAACAAUCACUGAUCCACUCGGAUUGAGCUAGGUGCUUUGUUCAUCACCAUGGCAAUAUAGCAGGACUCCAAUUCCAGCUUUAUGCCAACAUAAUUUACCAUCGGCCUUUCCAGAGUUGUUGUACAUGUACUACUUACUACUCCUGCGUAUGAGGUCGCGCGAGCGCUGACCAGUAAAGGCUACUGAACAUGCCGAGAAGCAUGGAGUCAGAUGUGCCAGACGCACCCAAAAGCUUGAGUCUAUAUCGGCGCUGUACAGGAUCCCUUGUUGUGAUUUCAAAUGAUUCUCCUUGUACUGCUCGGCAAAUGAUGCUGAAGACCUUGAUAGUCUUUACCAGGGUCAUGGUUAGCCUGGAUGCGAGAUUGAACAUCCUAUAGAACAGAGUAUCGUGUGUAGUAUCGUUUCCC